GGAUUCUGCCGUGCAUCUUCAAACAGGAAAUCUGAGAUUCAGAACAACUUAUAUUUUGGCUUGUAUUCGCUGAUCAUGGGGUGAUCCAGAAAUAAACUCCAGGCUUCAAAGUGAGAGUGUUUCAAAGCUGUCCUGCAGUUGAUCGAAACAUCCAGGCAAAGCAGGGAGAUGAAUACCAGCGAGGAUUUUCUGAAUUAAGACUUAAUCAAGGAGAUAACCUGUUUCAACAGUAUUAUUACCCUUUUAUUUCAGAACAAAAAGGAAAGAAAAAAAAAAAAAGAAAAUGGCUACAACAGCAGCAAAUACUCAAAGACAAACGAUAGACUGUGAGGAAUACAGUCUGUACAGUAGCUUGAGUGAAGACGAGCUUAUAAAGAUGGCCAUCCAGCAGAGCUUGGAAGAGGACCCCGCGGGUCAGCCAGCUGCCCAGAGCCACCAGAAGUCGAUGGUGGCAGGCCCCGGCGAGGCGGCCACCCCCAGCCGCGCCAGCAGCCACAACCCGCCCUACCACAUCUACCCUUGGCAAAGACUGGCGGCCCAGCCGAGAGGCCGUGCUCAGCCGUCCAGCUCGGGGGCAGCCUGGGGGGUCAGGCGAAGGUACGACGGCAGCCUGUUCAACACAUCCCAGCCCGUAGAACUUGACCCUGUAGUGGCAGCAAUCAAGGAUGGAGAUGAAAAAGCAGUAUGCAACAUGAUGAAAUCAGGAAAAGACCUUUCUGAACCUAAUAAGGACGGCUGGAUACCCCUCCAUGAAGCUGCGUACUACGGCCAAGUGGGUUGCCUGAGCCUGUUGCAAAAAGCAUACCCCGGCACAAUUGACCAGCGCACCCUCAAUGAGGAGACGGCUCUCUACCUGGCCACCAGCCGGGGCAACCUGGACUGCCUGCUCACCCUGCUGCAGGCUGGGGCUGAGCCCGACAUCUCCAACAAGGCCAGAGAAACGCCGCUUUACAAAGCAUGUGAGCGCAAGAAUGCAGAGGCCGCAAGACUCCUGGUACAGUACAAUGCUGAUACCAACCAUCGUUGCAAUCGAGGAUGGACUGCUCUCCAUGAGGCUGUCUCCCGAAACGACCUCGAGAUUAUUGAUAUACUUGUGAAAGGGGGUGCCAAGAUUGAGUCUGCAAACGCCUAUGGGAUCACUUCUUUAUUUGUCGCAGCUGAGAGUGGGCAGUUGGAAGCUUUGAGAUACCUCGCAAAAUGUGGUGCUGAUAUAAAUACUCAAGCCAGUGAUAAUGCCUCUGCUCUUUAUGAAGCCUGUAAAAAUGGACACGUACCUAUUGUGGAGUUUCUUUUGUCCCAUGGAGCAGAUGCUAACAAAGCCAAUAAGGAUGGCCUGUUACCUCUUCACAUAGCAGCCAAAAAAGGAAUUUGCGAGAUUGUCUCCAUGCUGAUCCCUGUGACCAGCCGCACCCGCGUCAAGCGUAGUGGCAUCAGCCCCCUGCACUUAGCGGCUGAACGCAACAAUGAUGAUAUCUUGGAAGAGCUGAUUGAUGCUGGCUACGAUGUCAACACCGCCCUCUCCAAUGAACGGUCCUGCCUUUACGAGGACAGACGCACCACCCCCCUCUAUUUUGCUGUUUUUAACAACAACAUCUAUGCCACAGAGCUACUGCUGCAAGCCGGAGCCAACCCCAAUGUUGACCUCAUUAACCCAUUACUCAUCUCCAUCCGCCAUGGUUGCCUGAAGACCAUGAAACUGCUCCUUGACCAUGGAGCAAACAUUGAUGCCUAUAUAUCAAGCCAUCCCACCGCAUUUCCAGCUACCAUCAUGUUUUCAAUGAAGUACCUUUCCGUGCUGAAGUAUCUCCUGGAUCUGGGCUGUGAUGCAGGUUCCUGUUUUGAGUGUCAGUACGGAAACGGCCCACACCCUGCAUUAAAUUACAGACGGGACAGACUUAAUGAUCCUCAGCUGUCCAAGGAGCCAACUGUGGUACAGUUUUGUGAAAUGGUGUCUACUCCAGAGAUAAGUCGCUGGGCCGGGCCGAUCAUCGAUGUUCUCCUGGAUUAUGUGGGUAACGUGCAGCUCUGUUCCCGGCUCAAGGAGCAUAUUGACAGCUAUGAGGACUGGGCUGUCAUUAAAGAAAAAGCAGAGCCCCCACGACCUCUUUCCCAUCUUUGCCGCAUCAAGGUACGAAGCCUGGUUGGAAGAAACCGCAUUAAACUUCUUGACACCUUGCCUCUCCCGGACAGACUGAUUCGAUACUUACAGCAUGAUUACUCACAGUGA